AAGCAACGCGACCAGAGAGGCGGCUUAGGAGAUGACGACAGGGAGUUCCAUACUGUUGACAGCAAGCCCAUGAUGAGACACAGAGCAGCAGGGGAGGGUUGGCUUAGUCGGCGCCGCGCGCCCAUGAAGCAAACAACAGCGGCUUUCAACGAGAAAACGAAGGAGGAAGAAGAACUCAAAUUGGGAAAGAAAGCGAAAAGCGAUCAAAAGAAGCAGCAGCAACAGCAACAGGCUCGAUAUGCGCGCAUCCACGCGAGACACCGCGCCUUCUCGGAGUGGUCCAUUCAGCCCACGAACGACUGGCAAGUUAUUGCCGAACUACCGCUGCAGCAGCUUCACAAGCAGCAAAUUGAGAAUAAUCGCAUCAACGUUGAAGAUAUUGAAUGGAGAGGCACGCUCGGGGUGUACUCUCGACAGGCAGACAAAAUAUCCAGCAAACUGCCGGUUGCCAUGCAAAACCUCAGCAGCAACUUUUAUUAUUACUGGGUUACCACUCAAGACGAUGAAGUUAUCAGGGACUAUAUGCUCAAUGGAGAGAAGCACGUCGAUGUGGCGGCAACAGACCAAGUGCUGGCGUGCUUGAUGGCGGCUCCCCAGUCCAAGUAUUCGUGGCAUCUGUAUCUUACAAAAGUUGACGGCAAGAUUAUCAUUGAUAAGGCCAACGGAUCCAUCGUGGACCUCCUUACCGUUAAUGAAACAAGCACUGAGCCGCCUAUGCAAGACGCCGAGAACCGCCUGAAUAGACCCGCAGCGCUUGGUUUCGAGGCUGUCAAAAUCAAUCAAAACUUGAGGCAACAAGUUCUCGUGCCUGGAGAGGUAGCUGCGGAGUUCCCGCCCCCCCCGUUUGUGGAAAGUGGUGAUACCCCUGCCACAAUCGCGUACAGGUACCGCCUCUUCACAAUUCCUCCGCGCGCUGGUCCGAAUUCAUCUCGUCGCACAAUCAAUAUCCUUACGCGGGCUGAAGUGUACGCCAAAUCGCCUGUAGCCCGUGCUGACCUUAAGGAGGCUCGAGAAAAGGAUAGCUUCAUUGUGGACGGUGGUGGUUACAUCUACACGUGUGCCCUCAACGAAAUUGAGCCUAAAGGUCAGAAGAGUUGGCGCACACUGCUGGAGAGUCAGCGGGGCGCUCUCUUGGCCACAGAGGUGCGCAACAACGCGUGCAAACUCAGGAAGUUUGUGACGUCCGCCAUGAUCGCCGGCUGCGAUGAGCUGAGACUCGGGUUUGUGGCAAGAAAGUCCCCCAACGACAACGAACAACACUUGAUUCUGACGGUGCACAACUAUCAGACACGGGACCUUGGAAGGCAGAUCGGUCUUCGUCAAGAGAACGCCUGGGGCAUUGUCCGUGCAGUCUUGGAUGUUUUGGACGACAAACCCGAUGGACGCUAUGUGCUUCUGAAAGAUCCUACAAAGCCGAUAAUGCGGCUCUACUCCCGCCCAGAAGAAGAGGAUGAACGCGAUGACGCAAACGAGGCAAAUGCAGAACAGGCACAAGAAGAAGCAUAG